GCACGGAGCCGGAGCAGCGCCCCCCGCGCCCCUGUCCGCUGCGCCCCGCCUAGCCCCUGCGCCCCUCGCCAUGCUGGCGCUGCCCCUGCUGCUCCUCCUGGCCCUCGCCCCCGCAGCCCGCCUGCCCGGCGCGCUCGGGGCCCCUGGCCGCGCCACCCUCCGCCCGGGCGGCGAGCGGGAGGUGACGGCGGCCCCCGCAGCGCCGAGCACCCCGGGGCAGCUGGAGGAGCCCGUCUCCAAGGGCGAGGGCAAGAGGCUGCGGCUGGCCGAGGGGAAGGCAGCGGAUGGUGAAGCCAGGGGCACCGCGAAAACAUCCGUGCGGGUUAAAGUAGUAAAGAAAAAAGUCUUGAAGAAGAAACCCAAGGCUCCGGCCCAGGGAGCAGCCACCGAGCAGCAGCCACAAUGUCCUCCGCUGGGGCUGGAGUCUCUGAGGGUGUCGGACUUCCAGCUACGAGCCUCCAGCAUCAAGCGCUACGGACUGGGUGCCCACCGGGGACGCCUCAAUAUACAGUCCGGGAUUCACGACGGUGACUUCUACGACGGAGGCUGGUGUGCUGGCCACAAGGACCGGGACCAGUGGCUGGAGAUUGAUGCCCGGCGGCCGACCCGCUUCACCGGCGUCAUCACGCAGGGGCUGAACUCCAUCUGGACGUACGACUGGGUGACCUCCUACAAAAUCCAGUUCAGUAACGACACGCACUCCUGGCAGCCAAGCAGGAACGGGACGGAGGAGGUGGUGUUCCUGGGGAACAAGGACCCCGAGACACCCGUGCUCAAUGCACUCCCCACCCCGGUGGUGGCGCGCUACAUCCGCAUCAACCCCCAGACCUGGUUUGAGAACGGCACCAUCUGCCUGAGGGCGGAGAUCCUGGGCUGCCCCUUGCCAGACCCCAACAACAUCUACUCCUGGGAGAAUGACCCGGUGCCGACUGACAAGCUGGACUUCAGGCAUCACAACUACAAGGAGAUGAGAAAGCUGAUGAAGAAGGUGAACGAGGAGUGCCCCAACAUCACCCGGGUCUACAGCAUCGGCAAGAGCUACCUGGGCCUGAAGAUGUACGUGAUGGAGAUCUCGGACAACCCCGGGCAGCACGAGCUGGGGGAGCCGGAGUUCCGCUACGUGGCGGGGAUGCACGGGAACGAGGUGCUGGGCCGCGAGCUCCUGCUCAACCUGAUGCAGUACCUGUGCGGCGAGUACACCCGGGGCAACCCCCGCGUCGUCCGGCUGGUGAGCGAGACCCGCAUCCACCUGCUGCCCUCCAUGAAUCCCGACGGCUACGAGACCGCCUACAAGCUGGGCUCAGAGCUGGCAGGCUGGGCCAUGGGCCGCUGGACCUACGAAGGCAUCGAUCUUAACCACAACUUCGCCGACCUCAACACGGUCCUGUGGGACGCCGAAGACAAUGAGCUGGUUCCUCACAAGUUCCCCAACCACUAUCUCCCCAUCCCGGAGUAUUACACCUUCGCCAACGCCACGGUGGCCCCGGAGACCCGUGCCGUCAUCGACUGGAUGCAGAAAUACCCCUUCGUGCUGAGCGCCAACCUGCACGGGGGCGAGCUGGUGGUGACCUACCCCUACGACAUGACCCGCACCUACUGGAAGGCCCAGGAGCUGACGCCCACGCCCGACGACGCCGUCUUCCGCUGGCUCGCCACCGUCUAUGCCACCACCAACCUGGCCAUGGUGGAUGACGAGCGCCGCCCCUGCCAUUACGAGGACUUCACCAGGGAGGGCAAUAUUAUCAACGGAGCCAACUGGCACACGGUGCCGGGAAGUAUGAACGACUUCAGCUACCUGCACACGAACUGCUUUGAGGUCACUGUAGAGCUGUCCUGCGACAAAUUCCCGCACGAGUCCGAGCUGUCCAGGGAGUGGGAGAACAACAAGGAGUCCCUGCUGGUCUUCAUGGAGCAAGUCCGCCGGGGCAUUAAAGGGGUCGUUCGGGACAAGGACACCGAGCAGGGAAUUGCGGACGCCAUCAUUUCCGUGGACGGCAUCAACCACGACAUCAGAACAGCUUUCGAUGGCGACUACUGGCGCCUGCUGAACCCGGGCGAGUACGAGGUCACCGCUGCGGCCGAAGGCUACCACCCCGUCACCAGGACGUGCCGCGUCUCCUACGAGGACAACCCCACCCUCUGUGACUUUCAGCUCACCAAGACGCCCAAGCAGCGGCUGCGCGAGAUCCUGGCCAGGGGGGAUAAGAUCCCCAAGGACCUGAUCCUGCGGCUCCGGCAGCUGCGGCUCCGCAAGCUGAGGGCCCAGCGGCAGGCCCAGUGAACGGGAGGGGGAUGAGGGGACUGUGUGGGGACGUAGAAGAGGGAUGUGCUCUGUUUGGCUCGCGUUCCUUCCCCCACGCUCUCUAGUCUAGCGGCUUCUUGCUCCUCUGUGUUGUUUUGCUUCUGAGCUCUGGGUCUGACUCAUGCGCGUGAAUCUGUAGUGGAGUGUGACUGCCGGCCCAGGGAGAACGUGGUCCUGGGGGAACCAAACGCCCGCCUUCCUGCUGUCGCGCCGGCUUUGACAGGGAAAGGUGGGCACGUCACUUAACAGUGUCCUCGUGGGUCCUGUCCCUUCCUACCCCCUCCCCUGCCCUGCCCUGCCCGCAGUGCUUGGCUCUGUUCCUUGGCAUUCCAGCCCAAGACCCUGCCGCUGAGCACCCAGCUGCUCUCAGUUCAGGGGGAGGGGUGCCUGGGCGGGGUAAGAAGACAGCGGAAAUCAGUAGCACAAAAAAAGCUGCAGGCGUGUUCCCUAGGGGCACAGGGAGACACCCUGGACGGGCUUUGCCAGCAGAAGAGGACUUUGUAACACCUCAAAGAGCAGCUUUCCCCCAGCCUGGUCUCAGCACGGCUGCUGUCAUCUUAGCCAGACCAGGGAGACCCCUGUUUAAUGGGUCGAGCCGUUGCCUAAGGAUCAUGCCGGUCCCGGUCCAGCCACCCAAUAGAGGCAUCAGCCAACGGGUUCGGUUCCGCUCUGCCCGGCCACCACUUGGCAAAUCCCCCAGGAGGAAACCUCCGGUGAAGGCUACCUGGAAGCUGCAGUAACCACAAGGCAUUUGGACAGCAGGCCCCAGGCGUGCAGAAGUAAGGGGAAGGGCCUCAGGAAUGUGAGGUAGUCCUGUGAGCUGGGUUCAAGAUGAGGGCCACGGCUCUCCUCUCCUGACUGCCAUGGGCAAGGAAGGGUCUUGUCCUCUCUCGACCUGCAUGUGGUGAGGUCAGAAGAGGGGGAUAUUGCCCGAGGGAGUUCAAUCAGCUGUACUGGCUUAAUUUAAACCAGUUAAUCCAUUUCUUUGGGGGAUUACUGACACCUGGGUGGCAGUUGCUGGGCUAACAAAGCAAUUGGCUCGGUAGUUGAGGGGUAAAAGGCUGUGUGGAUAUAUCUGCUGUUAGCCUACAAAGCGUUCUGUUAUGCAGUGUAAGGGAGGAAUAACACACACAGUGAAAGGGAAACAGACUGGGGUGUGUUUGUAGUUGAGAUCAAGAAACAGGCCAGGCAGUGCGGCACACUGGGUAGUGAGGGAGGCUCCCUGUGACAAUCCCCAAGAGCAGUGUUUGGCCCCCUGAAAUGCCCUAAGUGGUGUCUAUGCGAGUCUCCUGGAGCGUGAGCAGGCAGCUGCCACUGAUUCCUCGAAACAUGCAGAGAGUCUGCAUCUGAGACUACAGGCAGGCCCUAAAAAAGCUCCUGGCACACAAGGGGCAUGACACAAGCAAGACUUCAAUUGCCUGGCACAGGGUCUGGCUGGGCAGGAAUCCAGGGCAAACAUACAUCAGUCAGUCAGUACCAACCAUGGCAAGGUGUGCGCUGGCUGGACUCCCAGAUCCCUUGGGUGAAGGGAUCCUGGUGCAGUCAGGGAUAACCUUGUUCCCCCCCCCCCAUUAGUAAUGACAGCACAGUUUCCAAGGACUCUCGAGACUGUUUUCUUCCCUGUAGAUAGCCAGCACCUGCUCAUUUGGCAUGCCAUCAUCUGACUUCACCAGACAACGGGAGACAUCUGGGGGAGCCAAUUCCUGGCCAGAGGGGUGGCACCCUCACUGAAACCACCACCUUUGGCACCAAUUGUCCCUCCAUUGGCAGUAUCCUCAGGGCCAACCCAAGAGAUACCAGCAGCCUUCUCAACUGCGAGGUGCCCCUCCAGGGCACGGCAGAAGCACGUUAAGGGGACAAGGUCAGGAUUUCGUAUUCGCUCCAGUUUUCCCCGGGCAUUACAAUUAAAAGGCUGAUACUAAAGGGACUAGCUGGCACCUCGUACGAGCCACAGACCAGAUCCUAGGCAGAGAUGAUUCCACUUGGUGCAGCAAAUGGCUCCUGUAGCUUCCUUUCCCCUUGGCCUUCAUUGUGAGGGGUCCUUGUAUGAAUAUGGUUCUGCCCCAGUGCAACUCCAGGGAUGACUUUAGCCUCAGAUCUUUGUUCUCCUAGAACCCCAGGUGAAGUCACACUCCCCUGCAUGAGAUGUCACAAUUUUUUCCUUGGCAAAGGCAUGUGAGGUCACAGCCAGCAGCUGCGACUGUGCAAAACAGACAGGCUCCCAGCGUCCGCUGCAUCCGCCAGGAGAUAUGGGUGGGUCUCAGCCCCACUCUGGGUCAGGCCCCCAGCAAACAGAGGAGAGUGUCCAGGGACAGCCGCUGCCGAGGGCGUGCAAGCGUUAUUCAGAGCUUCCAGCUCAUCUGUGUCUUUUCAGACAGCCCGAGGGAGGCUGCAACAUCCCUGCGUGCGAGCCCAGGGCUAGUGGGCGCUUUGUUCUGCGGGCAGGACCUGACUGGAACCUGGCGUGUAAAUAGCAUUGGAGCAAUGGCUCGCGGCUCCGACCUAAUGGGGGCAGCGAGAAAGGGACCACUGCUCGGGGGGGCACUCAAACUCAGCAUGAGCAGCUGAUGAGUUACAGAGACAAUGCUGGCAUUCGGUGUCCUUGCGAGGCAAGUGACAUCCUCAGGAGCAAUAAACCUUUGCUGUUUUACCUUCCA